AUGUCAUUGGUCACUUUAAGCGGCCAUUUUAAUGAAGAACCAGAUCUCCCAAAGCUGGCCGCCCUGAUCGAAGCGAGCUUGGAUCCAACUCCCACGAAAACUACAGGCCUGUGUUGUCACUCAGACCCCUGCUGUGUCACCAUGACAGCAGUCCCGAGUCCCUGUGAGCUCAGCUGUUUGGCCAAAGGGCAAAGGUUUUACUAUAAUUUCGGGCGGGUGCUGGACGGAACAAAGUGUGAGGCUGGUUCCAACGGGGUCUGCAUCAACGGACAGUGCCUGGCAGUGGGCUGUGGUGCUAUCCUGGGAUCAGAGCUGAAGGAGGAUGUGUGUGGAGUGUGUGGUGGCAGGAACAACACAUGUCAGCGAUUUCAGAGCGUUUUCAUCACUCCCCAUCUCCCCCCUGGUUCGUUGCAGUAUAAUGAGGUCACCACGAUCCCAGCCGGUGCCACUUACAUCAAAGUGACUGAUAAGAGCAGCAAUUAUCUGGCUCUGCAGAACAGAGACUACAAAUACAUCAUUAACGGGAACUUGGCCAUUAACUGGCCAGGCACGUACACAGCAGCUGGGACUAAAGUCCACUACAGACGCUCAGCAGAUCACCGAGAGAGCUUGGAGGCCAUCGGGCCCACGAAGGAGGAUCUACAUCUGAUGGUUCUGUCCAUGGAGCAGGCCUCAGGGAUCAAUUACGAAUACUGGCUUCCCAAUGAUCAGUACCGGCUGUACCACGGAGACCACAAUGUUCUGAGAGGGGCACACCAUGCGGUGGUCCACACAUCUCACUCAUUCUCACGGGCAUCGCCAAUCGAGGCCACCACCCUCGCCAUGACAACUACCCCCAUCUCAGGUGGGUUCCUGCACCAAUCAGAGUUUCCAACACUGCUCAUGCUAUUGCUCGGUCAACCAUUGGUCCAUCAUCCAAGUGCACCACCUUCGAAUGGCCAAUCAGAAAGGGAACAGGCUUUUUGUUAUCCAAUCGGAUUCACUUUUGAUUAUUUUGGAAGCAGCCAUUUUAUCCGCUGUUCCCAACAAAGUUACAAAAGUUGUAAAAUAAAGAGUGUCUGGCUGUGAGUCUCCCACAAUUCCAGGAGGUUGAAGCCAUUGGCUAUCGCUGUCACCUGGGCAUCUUCCUCUCAUAUACACCUUGCAUAUGGGCAAAGAUCAGUUUGAGGGAUCGAUUAGGAAGCUUACUAACAAUAAAACUUCUCUGAGUAGAUCCCUUCAGCCCAUGAAAUCCACAAUAAAAUAGUACUUUUCUGCA